CUCUCUCUCUCUCCUCGUAAUCCAACUUGAUCAUAAACGCGCCAUUUUGCUUUCCCGGCCCUGUCUUAACGAGUUUGGUCAACGGAAGAAUCGCCGGCGGAAAGCUUCAGGACGGGAGCUUAGAGGUGACCAUUCCCUCACUCCUAUCUCUCACUCUACUUUGGAGUGAGAUUUUCCUGCUGAGAGAAAGGUAGGGAGGGUGGUAAGUAGAUAGAAGCUAAAAAGGAUUUUUUGUAAUGGCAGCAGCGAAGUUUCAAGCGCUAUGGAACCAUCCAGCUGGUCCUAAAACUAUUCAUUUUUGGGCUCCAACUUUUAAAUGGGUUAUCAGCAUUGCUAACGUUGCAGACUUCUCUAAGCCACCUGAGAUGAUAUCGUAUCCUCAUCAAAUGGUUGUUGCUUGCACUGGAAUCAUCUGGUCACGCUACAGCCUGGUGAUUACACCUAGGAACUUGAACCUUUUUUGUGUAAAUAUUGGAAUGGCUAGCACAGGGAUCUAUCAGCUUUCUCGCAAAGUCCGGGAAGACUACUUAUCUGAUGGGAAGGAGGAGCAGGUGGAAGAACAAUAAAUUUCUUCAGGACCUCUUUUGGGACAGAAUUAAGCACCUGAAUUUGCA